AUGGAUCCUCAGGAACCCAAACGCGUUGAUCGAGAAAUCUGGCAGUGCUUGGCCGGACCAUCGUUCAAAAUUCCGAAACUAAAUUCUCAAGUUUUUUACUUUCCACUAGGUCACUUGGAACAUGCCUGCCCUUCCCCUAACACUGAAGCACUCUCCCUUAUCAAUAGUUACCGUCCCAUCAUUCCGUGCGUCGUCUCCGACGUUGAUCUCUUAGCUGAUCUUCAAACUGAUGAAGUCUUUGCAAAACUGAUCCUAACUCCCAUCACCAAUGACAGUGUUCACGAACCUCAGGAGCCUGAGGUUCGUGAAAAUGAACAUGGUGGUGAUAGGCUUGUUUUCUCUGGCAAGACUCUCACCCAGUCGGAUGCUAAUAAUGGCGGUGCAUUCUCCGUACCUUCUGAAUGCGCGAAAUUGAUAUUCCCGCCACUUGACCUAACAUCCCCAAUGCCGUCUCAGGUACUUCCGAUCAAGGACAUCCACAAUUUUGUUUGGAACUUUCGCCACACCUACCGUGGGUCUCCCAAGCGACACCUAAUCACCACUAAAUGGAGUAAGUUCGUUGACACAAAGAAAAUUAUUGGCGGCGAUUCCCUCGUUUUAAUGAAAAUUUCUAAAGAUAAAGAUAAGGAUAAGAUCUUCAUCGGAAUCCGCAGGCACAAGUUAAGUGCUGCUGCUAAGAUAACGGAAAAAUCCGUUAUGGAGGCAGCAGAAUUGGCGGAUAAGAAUAUGACUUUUGAAGUUAUUUAUUAUCCGACGGCUAGUCAUUGGUGUAAUUUUGUGGUGGAUGCUGAAGCCGUAAAGAAAGCAAUGCAGAUUAAUUGGCAAUCUGGAAUGAGAGUUAAACAUUGCUUGAAGACUGAUGAAUCUUCAAAGAGAAGCUCAAUUUUUCAAGGGACAGUAUCUGCUCUAUCUGAUCCUUCUCAUCAUCCAUGGCGUAUGCUUCAGGUUAACUGGGAUGAAUCUGAAGUCUCUCAGAAUCCAAGUCAAGUAAGUCCUUGGCAGAUUGAACUUAUUUCCCACACUCCAGCACUGCCUCUACAAUUCCCCCCACAAAAAAAGCUUAGAAUUGCUCAUGUCUCUGCCUUAUCAACUAACAUAGAGAGACCCUCCAUUCCAGAGAUAGAGUUCAAUUUCUUCAACCCAGCGUCAAUGAAUUGUGAUGCUUUUCUUAAUAGCAUGCAGGGAACCAGACCUAAUCUUUUUUCUGCCUCAACUUCUUCAACCUCUUUGAAUGAUAAUGACAAUGGUUUUGUUGAAGGUACCCACAACCUCAACACCAAAAAAGUUAAUCCUCGUUCUAUUAAGCUAUUUGGUAAGACCAUAGAGGUUGUUGAAAAGGAUUUGCAUGAGUCUCGUAUCAAUGGAGAGGAUGGUUCCGAUUAA